CAGGAGAGUGGCACCACUCUUCUAUGAAAUUGUUACAACUAGGUUGAUGUUAUUUUUCUUGGGUCCUCAUUUAUAGGAAGUUAGGAACCAUGCAAUUAAGGGAAACUCUUGAAAUUUAGACCUGAUUCAGCCGUAACUGAAACUUUUAGGAAUUGUAUUCUCUAGAAAGAUGGAGUCGUAAUCAUCCUCUUUGUAGACCGAAUUUUAAUUAAUUACAUAGACAUCGACACGUGUGUCGGUGUCUAUCCAUGUCCAAACUGUCUAUUACAUAAGGAAAAAUAGUCUUAAGACGCAUCUGUACAAUAUAUUACUCUUAAAGUACAUAUAUAAUAAUUCAUCAAAAACUUACACAACGUGAUGAGCGUCUAUGCCGUGGAAACCUCACCUUAUCAAGAGGUCAUGAGAUCAACCCUUCUUGCAGCCGUUUGAAAGGGAUUUUUGGUGCUUAAAAAAAUAAAAUAAAAGUAAAAAUGUUGAAUUUGGCCUGUGGAGCUUGAACCCACAACCCCUCCAUGUUAUAUCUUAUAUGGUUAUGCUACCACUUGGCCAUUCCGAUAUAAGUGACAUAGAUAGAAGACACUUUAAAAAAAAAGGUGUACUGACACCGUACUCAGAACUGCUGAUGUCAUCCAACGGGUAUAAUGUCUGGUCAUGUCGACACGCGAUACUUAGGCCCUCAUGGAGUGUCGAAGUAACACUGGUUUUAACUGGUCUAGAAUUAUGAGUGCGUAGUAAUAUAGUAAUAUAUAUUCACUUUGAACUUGUUAAUGGUCAUUGUUCUCUAGAGUGAUAACCACAGACCUCAAUUGGACAUAAGAGGAAUUUCUUUGUGGGGAUAAAGGAGAUUACUGGAACUACACUUUUUAGCAUGCAAAUGCCCCAUUUUUCACUUGUUUAUCUAAACGUAGAUAAAUUUUGGACAUUUGCUUAGCACAGAUUACUCUUUUUUCUCUCGUUGUACGCUUUCUCUACACGAACACAGGCAGACAUGCUUAUGCUCAUUUACAUGUGGCUCCAUAUACAAGAUAAACUGCACAGAUAUUGAUACUCAAUGCCAAUCAUUGUACAUGACCAACAUGUGCCCAUGUGCCCCACAUACAUAGACUUGCAUUUGCACAUGUGCAUCUCCACGUGCAUGGCACAGCUCCCAUCUGCUUGUCAUGCAUGCAUGAAAAUAAAGCCGAAGGUGUGUGACUCAUAUACCAUUUCUUGCAGUGUGUCCAACCACUCUAAAAAGAAUAUGCAGGCAACACGGGAUCACUCGAUGGCCAUCCCGAAAGAUCAAAAAGGUUGAUCACUCGAUACAGAAACUAAAGGUGGUGAUGGACUCAGUUCAGGGUGCAGAAGGAACAUUCGACAUCAGCUCCUUUUAUGCAAACUUUCCAAGGCCAUAUCGAUCAGAUUUGAUGUCAGAAAAACCAUCAUCUAGCACCAUCUUGAAUACACCCAAGCAUGCCAGUAUCCAGGAGCCAUCAUGCAAUACAAACACUGAAGCUAUGUUCAGCAACAAUGCCACCACAUGCAAAUCACCAUCCUCCUCUUGUAGCCAGAGCUCAAGCUCAAGCCAUUGCUGCUCCACCGAUGCUCGAAACCAAGCCACCCAAGAUAACCAUGUGGUCACUAGUGGGGACGCUUCCACAGAAGAUACUGAGCAUGGUAUCCUGAAGAGAACAAACAGUGAAGCGGCUGUGCAUGCCAUGACCAACCCAAAAGAGCCAAACUCUGAAAGCCCACUUGUGAGAUCGCAAAGCCACAAAAGCCUCAGUGAACACAAGUCUUUCCCAUCUCCAUUGCCUAGAAGCGGCAGCUUAGUGGGGGAGAGUGGCUCAAUCAAAGUGAAGGUAAUGUAUAGGAAUGAGAACGUGAGGUUCAGGAUAUCACCAAAUUGGACAUUCCAAGACCUACAAGAGGAGAUCCAUAGGCGUUUUAUGAUAGAAAAAUGGUGUAUGGUUGAUCUCAAGUAUUUGGACGAUGACUUGGAGUGGGUUUUGUUAACUUGCGAUGACGACUUGCAAGAGUGCAUCGAGGUAUACAAGUCAUUGUCUGGUAAAGCAAUCAGGCUCUCCGUCCAUGAUAUUGCUUCCAAUGUGGCGAGCCCUUGGGGGAGCAGCGGGCCUUCGUGAAUGUGUCACAAGGCCCAUGUUGUAUUUUAGCAAAGUUUGGGGAAAAAGAAAGUUUGUAUCAUUUAGCUCGGGAAACCGGUAAAAGAUGGGGUAAGCAAAGGCCAACAGCCCUGAAUUGUGUGAAUAUCUCUAUGCCCAUGUAUAGGGAUUAUCGGUUGUUGAUGCAGAGGUUUUACUAGAUAUGCUUAAAAUGUAAAAAUAUUCGGCUAUGGAGGUUAUGGAAAUGUUCAGUAUUCCUUUCAAA